AUGGCGAAAAUUAUUCUCAUCGUAAUGCUCGUGUUUGUGUCGAUGGCCGGUUGGAUGAACGGUGCUGAUACUGGCUCUAUUUCUGGUAUCACUCACAUGCGUGAUUUCCAAGCCAAAUUUGCUGAUCGCUACUCUUCUGCUCGUCAGAGUCUUAUCACUGGUAUGAUUAACGUUGGCUCGUUUACUGGCUGUUUUAUGUCGGCUCCGCUGGCAGACGCUGCCGGCAAACGUAUUUCUAUAUUUAUUUGGUGCAUUGUUUACCUUAUUGGUGUUAUUGUGCAGAUGACUGCUUCCCCUUCAUGGAUUCAAAUUGUCAUUGCUAAAGUUUGGACUGGUUUCGCAGUCGGCGCAACCUCAGUCAUUGCUCCUGGUUACCAAUCUGAAGUUGCUCCAGCUUCUAUGCGAGGAGCUAUUGUUACGACUUACCAGCUGUUUAUUACAGCUGGUAUUUUUGUUGCUGCUUGUAUCAACAUGGGUACUCAUAAAUACAAGCAUCACAAGUCAGCUACAUGGAGAGUAUCGAUGGGAAUGAAUUUACUAUGGGGUUUAAUUACUCUAAUUGGAAUUACCUUCCUUCCUGAAUCUCCUCGUUAUUUGAUAGCUGUUGGGAGGGAUGAAGAGGCUAUAAAAGUUAUGAGCAAAAAUAACGACCUUCCUCCAGACCAUGAAAGUAUUCAAGCUGAAUAUCACCUCAUUAAGUCUGACUGUGAAGUCGAGUUGGCUGGUGGACCAGCCAAAUGGCAUGAAAUUUUUGGAAAAGAUAUUCGCUUCCGUACUUUUCUUGGAAUUGCCGUCAUGUCUUUCCAGCAACUCACAGGUGCUAACUAUUACUUUUACUAUUGCACUCAAGUAUUUAAGAAUAGUGGCGUAAGCUCGCCCUACGCUGCAGCAUGUAUCUUAGAUGGAGUCAACGUCUUUUGCACAGCCUUUGCCAUGUUUAUUCUUGAAAAAUUUGGUCGUCGUAUGCCUUUAAUAGUAGGGGGUAUUUGGCAAUCCAUUUGUUUUUUUAUUUACUCUGCAGUUGGUGACAAAGCUUUGUAUCGUGAAGAUGGUAGUUCAAAUGAACAAGCUGGUGCAGUGUUAAUUGCAUUUUCUUGUUUUUUUGUCGCUAGUUUUGCUGUAACUUGGGCUCCGGCUGCGUACGUUAUUGUUGGUGAAUCAUAUCCUGUUCGCUACCGCUCCAAGUGCGCUGCAAUUGCUACCUCAGGAAACUGGGGCUGUGACUUUUUGGUUUCGUUUUUCACUCCGUUUAUUACAAACAUAAUUGGGUUUAAAUACGGAUAUGUCUUUGCAGUUUGUAAUUUGGUUGGUUCAGUUAUCAUUUUUCUCUUUGCUCAUGAGACCAAAGGUCUGACUUUAGAAGAAGUCAAUCUUGUUUACUCUUCAAAUAUAAAACCAUGGAUGCCACGUCCAAAAGACUUCGGUGACUACUCAAAGGAUCAGGCAGAAGCUAUAAAUAAGUCUAAUACCGGAGUCCAUGGGGAGACAUUCGACCACAUUGAGAAUACCUCCCCUACCGAUUCUUCUUCUCUAUCGAAGAUAAAAGAGUUAGAGGCAACAUAUACAAAUGAGCAUAUUGAAAAGGGAGGAGAGCGAAUUGAACAUACUACUGAAAUUCACUAA